CAGACGCGCACCACGCGGCCGCCCGAGUACAUAAGCCGCGGCGAGGUUGGUGCCGGUAGCUCAACCCUCCUCACCUCACUCACCCUCCUCUGCGACUGCGAGCGCUAGCUCCUGCUCUCCCUCCCUCUCUGUCUCUAGAGUAAUCCUCUCUCCCCGACCACGCACGCACGUACCACCCCGCGCGGCCUUAUACCACUCGCGCGCGCCGCGGCGUCUCCGAUGGAGGCGACGGUGAUGUCGCAGGGCAGCAAGGUGGACACCAAUGGCGGUGGCGGCGGGCGCCGGAUCAGGCCGCGGUACCGUAUCGAGACCAGGGCCCUCUCGUACGUGCUCCCUCCGCGCGGCGCCUCGUUCCUGUGGGGCGGUGCCAAGACGAAGGCGGAGGAGGGGCGGCUGCUGCUGCGGGGCGUCACGUGCGAGGCGCCGCCGGGGGAGCUGGUGGCGAUCGUGGGGCCGAGCGGGGCGGGCAAGACCACGCUGCUGACGGUGCUGGCCGGGUCGGCGGACCCGGCGCGGGUGGCGGCCGGGGAGGUGCUCGUGAACGGCCUCCCCAUGGACGCCGCGCGCUUCCGCCGGGCGUCCGGGUACGUGCCGCAGGACGACGCGCUGUUCCCGGCGCUCACCGUCGAGGAGUCGCUCGUGUACAGCGCGCGCCUGCGCCUGCGCGCUGCCGGCGGGGCGGCCGCCGCGGAGCGGGCGCGGGAGCUGAUGGUGGAGCUCGGCCUGCGUCACGUCGCGGCGUCCCGCGUCGCCGACGUGUCCGGCGGCGAGCGGCGGCGGGUGUCCAUCGGAAUGGACCUCGUGCACGACCCGGCCGUGCUGCUGCUGGACGAGCCCACGUCCGGCCUCGACUCCGGCUCCGCGCUCCACAUUGUCAAGAUGCUCAGGGACAUGGCCGCCGCGCACGGCAAGACCGUCGUGCUCACCAUCCACCAGCCCGGAUUCCGCAUCCUCGAGCUCAUCGACCGCGUCGUGCUCCUCGCCGACGGCGCCGUCCGCCACCACGGCUCCCUCGACUUCCUCCAGUCGCGCCUCAUCGCCACCGGCCACGCCAUCCCCGCCCACGUCAACGUCCUCGAGUACGCCAUGGAGACCAUCGACUCCCUCAAGCCCGACGUCGCCGUCGCCACCACGAUCACCACCGCGUCGGCAAACCGAGAGAACAACGUCGCGCCGGUCGGCCCGGGGCUGGCGUCCGCGCGGCGCGCGGGGUACGCGAACACGCCGGCGGCCGAGGUGCGCAUCCUGGCGGGGCGGUUCACGAAGACGGUGCUCCGGUCGCCGCAGCUGUUCGCGGCGAGGAUGGCGCAGUCGGUGCUGGCCGGCGCGUUCCUCGGCAGCAUCUUCCUGGGCGCCACCGACCUGCAGUCCCGCCUGGGCUUCUUCGCCUUCAACCUCACCUACCUGCUCUCCUCCACCACCGAGGCCCUACCCGUAUUCCUCCACGAGCGCCGCAUCCUGGAGCGCGAGACCACCCGCGGCGCCUACCGCGUCUCCUCCUACGUCGCCUCCAACGCCGCCGUCUUCCUCCCGUUCCUCCUCGCCGCCGCGCUCCUCUACGCGGCGCCCGUGUACUGGCUCGUCGGCCUGGCGCGCGAGCCCGCCGCCUUCGCCUACUUCGCCCUCGUCGUCUGGCUCGUCAUGCUCACCGCCAACUCCUUCGUGGCGUGCCUCAGCGCGCUAGCGCCCAACUACAUCGUCGGCAACUCCGUCGUGGCGGGGCUCAUCGGCUGCUUCUUCCUAUUCUCCGGCUACUUCGUGGCCAGCAAGAACAUCCCGCGCUACUGGGUGUUCAUGCACUACGCGAGCCUGUUCAAGUACCCGUUCGAGGCACUAGUGGUGAACGAGUACGGCGGCGCGCGCGGCGCCAGGGAGUGCCUCGCCUCGGCCGGCGGCGCGGGGGGCAUCUGCGUGCUCGACGGCGCGGGGCUGCUGCGGCAGCAGGGGAUGCGGGAGGGCAUGCGGUGGAGCAACCUCGGCGUCAUGCUGGGGUUCGUCGUCGGCUACAGGGUGCUCUGCUUCGCCUUCCUCUGGUUCAGGUGCCACCGCAUGAGGAGGUGAGGACGACGUACAGGGAAAGGCGGUAAGCGACGCCAAUGGCGGGCAUUUGGCCAUUGGCAAGCAAAGCAACUGCAAAUAUUAAUCGCUCGUUUAAAUUUCAUCUCAUCACCUUCUUCUCAUUUUCUUCUUCUUCUUCUUCUUUUUGUUGUGAUUUUACUUCACAAGACAUUCUAGUCUUGAUUUCGAUUAGGGUGGAUACGAAUAUAUGUAUAUGUUUGGGAUCGAGUUGUAGUGGUCAGUGGAUGGUGAUGUUCUUCUUGUAUCAACAAACAGUGGGGUUGAUCCGUUGAUGGAUGAUACUAAUGGAGAAUAAAAGAUUGAUGACAGGGGGUUUCUGCUCCUUUGCCAGUUCCAGGGAGGUGUCGCAUUCGUGCCGGAUUUGCCAUUUGGUAGGCCUCGCCUUUGCCGGAAUGAGGUGGUUGAGAAAGACAGGAUUAAGUUGCCAAUCAUCUGAGGUGAGGGUGAGACAAAAGCGAUAAAGUACGGGCAACAGCUGGGAAACUUGCCUAAUUUGCACCAGUUUAUAGGCAAGAAAAAAAAUUGUACUUUUUUCACCACAAAUUCAACUGUAAGUUGACCAUCCUUUUUUAUGCUAAAGACGAAGAUGAUCGUUUUGUU